UGUCUAUGGGAUCUGCAUGUAUGUAUCCAGUGGCCUUUGAGCAACGGUGCGGUGGGGGGCAACAUCUAAAUGACGUUGCCAUGUAUUUCAUUCUCCUCCUCAUAAGUUGGGGAGUGAAAAACUCAAGUGCAGUUAUUUCGAGCCGAGGACGGACAGAAGUGACAAUGACGUGCCUGAAAUUGGCAUGCCUUUUUUGCGUUGUCUUAUUGGUCUUCUCCUCCACUGUUGUCAUUUUCCUAGAUGCAAACCCCAUAAUUAAGGAGAGCUUUGCAAAGCAACUACUCCGCACUAAGAGACAGAAGCCUGGACACCCCGACGAACCUAUGAGGGAACACAUGCUACAUAUGCAGAGGCUGGAGCAAAGGGCUCGAGAGACCAGUAUGGAGAACUGGCUGAACCCUCACUGCUUCCCUCGUUGUGACCGCAGCUACGGCUACCCCGUGUAACCGGCCCGCAGUGAUCCAAAGGCUGAAGACAAGAAUUCCGGUGACGACAAUGCUGAUAACGAAAUGGAUUGCAAUCAAAGAAAAAAAAAUGCGGAGGAAGCCAAGGACAAAAAAACAAAACAAAAAAAAACACGAAGACAUCCACCCAUCGAUAGUUUAGGAGCAUUGUAGAUGUGUUAUUUAGAUGGAAAAUCUAAGAAUCGGUGUUUUUUAAACGAAUUACCAAAUUGCAUUUUUUAAUAAGAAACCAAUAAUCAACAUUAAAAAUAAUUUGCUUUCUGA